CCCAACUUUGGCUAACAUACAAAUCCUGCUCUUGUCAUCUAGCAAUAUGUCGUAGUAAGAUGGAAGAAGAGAGAGCUGGCUAGAUUUCAACAGUCAGCAAUGCGCUGAAGAAAAUUAGCCGGCCGUGAUGACAGCCCACGGUGGGUCGACAUAAAGUGUCUCGGCUCGGCCUUCGGAUAGCUACUCCUGGAAGAAGUAAUUACGUGGCCGAUAACACCAUCGUCGUCGCACGCAACUCUGUGCUUGUUGAAAUCGUUGACGAGAAACAAGAUCUACCUCUGGAGGAGACAAUUGCAGGACAGGGCACCAGCGGCGUACCAUGCUCCAUAACCAGGUUUCUGAUGUCAGGCGCCCCGAUGGCGACGAAGACAGAGGAGUCCAUCGUGGUGGUGUUGUACCAGGACUACGACCACGGCGGCGGCGGCAACCUCGGCGGGGGACUGGCUUUCUGCAAGCACAGAGCGUCGCCUGCGAAUGGCGACCGAGAAGAAGGAAACCAGUGCAUGCUCUGGUCUGAGUCGUCUCCAACCAGGAUUCACGUGAAAGCGAACAAGAGGAAGCAGAAGAGCAAGAGGAAGGCUUCUCCGCCGGAUUCUCCGCGGCUCCUCAAGAAGCGACCCCCUCUGACCGAACUCACCAACAUCGCUCCUAAUUCGAUUCACGAGCGUAAACACUCAUCCGCCUCUCCUCCGCCCUCCACCGCGCCAGUGGCGAUUGUUGAUGAUCAGCACUUGGAUUGCGAUGACGGGAUGAUGGGGAGCUACCUGAAGGGCAUAAAUCAGAGCGAUCCGGAAUCAGAGAUCUCCGCCAGUAGCGUCGCCUCAUCUCAGGGAUUCGAGUUGAGGAAAUGGUCUUCCAUGUACAAGCAUCUCCGGUCACUGGAGGUAAAACACAACAGUAGACCGAUUGCAAAUUAUGUGGAAACAGUUCAGAAGGAUAUUCAAGCGAACAUGCGACAAGUGCUGGUGGACUGGCUGGUGGAAGUUGCUGAAGAGUAUAAGCUCGUCUCUGACACGAUCUAUCUCUCAGUAUCGUAUCUGGACAGAUACUUAUCUUCGGAAUGUGUGGGCAGAAACAAACUCCAACUUCUGGGCGUUUCUUGCAUGCUUAUUGCCUCGAAAUAUGAAGACCUAAAUCCUCCCCGUGUUGAGGAUUUUUGCUACAUAACUGAUAAUACUUACACCAAAAAGGAGGUACUGGAUAUGGAGACAGAUGUACUCAAAUGCUUGAAGUUUGAUACGAGGUCUCCCACAGCCAAAACCUUCCUCAGAAUUCUGACAAGAGCUGCUCAGGAUAAGGAUAGUUCUAAUGAUGGUGAUAUUCGGCUCGAUUACUUGAGUAGUUACCUUUGUGAGCUAAGCUUGUUGGAAUACGCGUGUGUGCGAUUCUUGCCAUCAGUGGUCGCUGCUUCGGCUGUUUUCUUGUCAAGAUUCAUUAUCCAUCCAGAACAGCAUCCUUGGAGUUCAUCAUUGCAGCUUAAUUCUGGUUAUGAUCCAGCUGAUCUAAAGGACUGUGUUUUUGCCAUUCAUGGUUUUGCUGUAAACAUAAAAGGAAGCUACUUACGGGGUGUUAGAGACAAGUUUACGCAGCACAAGUUUAAGCACGUAGCAGCAACAUUAGUCCCUCCCCCAGAAAUCCCGUUGGAGCUAUUCUAAAGGCUGAUGAUGAGUAUUGUCUAUCAAACCUCCGCAUUCUCCAUACUCCAUACCUUCCCCGAAGCUAUGCAUUUUCACAUCCUCAGGAGUUUUGAAGUUGGCCUUCUCUCUACAUAGCUUUUAAGCCAUAGCCACUGAUAUUAUUAGCUGCUGCUGUGCCAAGUUCCUCUUUGGCUUUCAAGUUUCUGAUUACCAUAGACUUACUUUCUAGUUGUUUUAAUUUUUAUAUUUUGAGUCGGAUCAAGCUGGGAAACAGAAAAUUUUGUUUGGACGGUGCUUUAGGUCCCAAAAUGUAGGAUAUAGUUAUGAUAGGACUCCUAUCAUAGGAUUAGUAGAAAGACCUGUUCUACUCGAUAGAUAAGAAUUGGUAUUCUUUUAUCUUGUAUAUGAUGAAUUGGGUUGUGGAGAUUUAUCUGUUCUAGAUCCAACAUAAGCUCUCGCAACACAUGCUAGUACGGUUAUUUUGUUGCUCUCUCCUCUCAAAUAGGGGACUGAAACUUGGCAGUGAAGAUAUUUUGGGUGUUUCUGAUCCCCGCCUGCCUCACAAAAAAGUUGGACUCAUUAC